UUCGAGCUUACGACUUUUUAUCUCAAGAACUCGUUCAUCUCAAGUACUGCAUUCCUGAUUGUCUACAAAAAAAAAAAACCACCGCCUAAUCGACCAUAUCCACAAUAGUUGUUUAGAGAUGGAAGACCACCUGGUUUUGUGUGUUGAUCAGCUGGCGGCAAAUAAAUCAAAAUAUGAGGACACUCUAGGAUUAUCUCCUAAUGCUUCCUGCAGUCAUGCAUCUAUUCCUGUUACUGACAUGAAGGGGGGUGAAGAAUAUGAUACAACCGGUGAAGAUGAGCCACUUAUUCAGUCAAUUGAAUGUCGUAUCUGCCAGGAGGAGGAUACCAUAAAAAACCUAGAGGUUCCUUGUGCCUGUAGUGGCAGCCUUAAGUUUGCUCAUAGGAAAUGCGUUCAACGAUGGUGCAAUGAAAAAGGAGACACAAUUUGUGAAAUCUGUCACCAGGCUUAUGAACCUGGUUAUACUGCACCCCCUCGGUCAGAAGACACUGUCCUUGAUAUCAGUGCAAGUUGGACAAUUGGUGGUACUCCAAUAGACCUGAAUGAUCCUCGACUUUUGGCAAUGGCAGCUGCUGAACGCAGUCUUUUGGAUGCUGAAUAUGAAUACGAGGACACUGGUGCCAAUGGAGCUUCAUUUUGUCGCUCAGCUGCUCUCAUUUUGAUGGCUCUUCUGCUGUUGAGGCAUGCUCUCACAAUCGGAGACGCGGAUGACGAUGAUGAUGAUGCUUCUGCCUUUUUUGCUCUUUUUAUGCUUCGAGCAGCGGGUUUUCUUCUUCCUUGCUACAUCAUGGCCUGGGCCAUCAGUAUCUUGCAACGACGUAGGCAAGCACAGGUAUUAUAA